UUGUAUUGUCGUUAAGGGCGCUGCUGGUGAGCCGCGAACCGUCGGUCGUUGGAGUGACAGCGACAUGAUCUGGUCAGAGCCGGUAAGACCGUAAAACAGUCCGCUGCUACCUAACGAAACAUACAACACGUCAAAACAACAGCUUAAUUAAGUAGCCCAGACGACCGCAUAGCCUGCUGUAUAAGACGGAUAAAUGUAAGCUAUAUUUAAAAAAGCAACGUAGCGUGUUUCUCUCACAGAAAGAAAGUUCGCAUCUCUCUUUCCAGAUGAUGCUGAUGCGAGAGCAUCUCCUAUCUCUUUGGUGGGUUAGAUAGGAGGUCCGGUCGGACCCAUUUCACUGCGACACCUGCUUUAUUCUGUCCACCAUUAACAACGGACGGGGCUGUCAGAACAGAACGAAUGAGCAAAUAGCGGACAGGUCUGGACCAGAACAUCCGUCUAUUGCUCACCAUGAAACAGGGUGGUCUCGUGGACGACACGGAGGAUGUGGAGUUGGAUUUCAGUACCGAGGAGGAGGAGCAGAGAGCGCUCAGGGGGGUAAAGAUCCGACACCCCCUCGCCUCCUUCCUGCACCUGUUCUUCCGAGUGGCUGCCAUAGUAACCUACCUGCUCUGUGAUUGGUUCACCAAGAGCUUUACUUCCUGCUUCAUUAUGAUCAUCACUCUGCUGUCCUGUGACUUCUGGUCCGUUAAGAAUGUGACAGGCAGGUUGUUGGUGGGUCUGCGAUGGUGGAACCAGAUCGAUGAGGAUGGGAGGAGCCUCUGGGUGUUUGAGGACAGCAAGUCUUCUCCCCAGGCCGGUGGUACGGAGGUGGAGGCCAGGAUCUUCUGGUCGGGUCUGAUCAUCUGUCCUCUCAUCUGGACCGGCUUCUUCUUCACGACCCUGUUCUGUCUGAACACAGACUGGCUGGUGUUGGUGGUAGCCAGUAUCUCUCUCCAGGGGGCUAAUCUCUAUGGUUACCUGCGCUGCAAGAAUGGCGGACAGGAAGUCCCACCCACAUCCCCUUCCUCCUUCCUGCAGGGACAGCACUUCCUCCAGCGGCCUGAUAUCAUCUCCAGAAUGCUGUGAUGGAAUAGGAAUCACCUGCAGCUGCCUUCUCUGAGUGAGUGUGUGUGUGUGUGUGUGUGUGUGUGUACAUGUGGUCCCUAUGAGCACAUAGAAAGAUGUUGAAAAUAUGUUGAAAAUACGUCUUUCAAACAUUUGUUUGCUCACUGGGGCAUGUGUGUGUGUGUGUGUGCAGGUGUGUGUGUGCGGGUGUGUGUGUGUGUGUGUGUGUGUGUGCGGGUGUGUGUGUGUGUGUGUGCGCGCGCGUGUGUGUGCGUGUGUGUGUGUGCGUGCGUGUGUGUGUGUGUGUGCGGGUGUGUGUGUGUGUGUGUGUGCGCGCGUGUGUGUGUGUGUGUGUGUGUGUGUGUGUGCGCGCGUGCGUGCGUGUGUGUGUGUGUGUGUGUGUGUGUGCGGGUGUGUGCGGGUGUGUGUGCGCGCAUGUGUGUGUGCGUGUGUGUGCAUAUGUGUGUGUGUGUGUGUGUGUGUGUGUGUGUGCGUGCGUGUGUGUGUGUGUGCGGGUGUGUGCGGGUGUGUGUGCGCGCAUGUGUGUGUGCGUGUGUGUGCAUAUGUGUGUGUGUGUGUGUGUGUGUGUGUGUGUGUGUGUGUGUGUGUGUGUGUGUGUGUGUGUGUGUGUGUGUGUGUGUGUGUGUGUGUGACAGACAGAGCAGGAAAUGGAGCUCAGAAGGGGACAGAAGCCCAUCAACAUCAAAGCUCCUGGAAUCAGUUUCAUAUUCAGCAUUUUAAUUAUAUUGAUUUAAUUUUAUAUUUCUAUGAAUAUAUACAGUAUUUAUUUUUUACUUCUGACGAUGUUAUAAUCUGUUUCCUGUCUGUCUGACGCCUUAUAGAACAAACACACCUUUCUGUUUCCUGUCUGUCUGACGCCUUAUAGAACAAACACACCUUUCUGUUUCCUGUCUGACGCCUUAUAGAACAAACACACCUUUCUGUUUCCUGUCUGUCUGACGCCUUAUAGAACAAACACACCUUUCUGUUUCCUGUCUGACGCCUUAUAGAACAAACACACCUUUCUGUUUCCUGUCUGUCUGACGCCUUAUAGAACAAACACACCUUUCUGUUUCCUGUCUGACGCCUUAUAGAACAAACACACCUUUCUGUUUCCUGUCUGACGCCUUAUAGAACAAACACACCUUUCUGUUUCCUGUCUGACGCCUUAUAGAACAAACACACCUUUCUGUUUCCUGUCUGUCUGACGCCUUAUAGAACAAACACACCUUUCUGUUUCCUGUCUGUCUGACGCCUUAUAGAACAAACACACCUUUCUGUUUCCUGUCUGUCUGACGCCUUAUAGAACAAACACACCUUUCUGUUUCCUGUCUGUCUGACGCCUUAUAGAACAAACACACCUUUCUGUUUCCUGUCUGUCUGACGCCUUAUAGAACAAACACACCUUUCUGUUUCCUGUCUGUCUGACGCCUUAUAGAACAAACACACCUUUCUGUUUCCUGUCUGUCUGACGCCUUAUAGAACAAACACACCUUUCUGUUUCCUGUCUGUCUGACGCCUUAUAGAACAAACACACCUUUCUGUUUCCUGUCUGUCUGACGCCUUAUAGAACAAACACACCUUUCUGUUUCCUGUCUGUCUGACGCCUUAUAGAACAAACACACCUUUCUGUUUCCUGUCUGUCUGACGCCUUAUAGAACAAACACACCUUUCUGUUUCCUGUCUGUCUGACGCCUUAUAGAACAAACACACCUUUCUGUUUCCUGUCUGUCUGACGCCUUAUAGAACAAACACACCUUUCUGUUUCCUGUCUGUCUGACGCCUUAUAGAACAAACACACCUUUCUGUUUCCUGUCUGUCUGACGCCUUAUAGAACAAACACACCUUUCUGAUUCCUGUCUGUCUGACGCCUUAUAGAACAAACACACCUUUCUGUUUCCUGUCUGUCUGACGCCUUAUAGAACAAACACACCUUUCUGUUUCCUGUCUGGUGGCUAAUAAAACAAACACACCUUUCUGUU